ACACACAGCCCCCACCCCCAGCGGAAGUGCUGCUGCCCUGAGUCACGUGGCGUGUAGGUUGCGCGGUGCUUCCUGCGGCGGAAGUGGCGUAACACCCAGGGCUGUUUCCGGUGUUGCCACUGCAGCCGGAGCCGCCGCCGCCGCCCGGGAUGUAGGGGCCGUGUGAAUGUUCAAGAACACAGAAGCUCAAGACCUUUUGUGUGUUGACCAGAUGUCGUCCCGCAAAGGGUCAGCAACCAGCCAAGGAAAUGGACUUUCCAACAGUAGCCGAGAAGGAGACGAUUUGGAGCUGACAGAACUGGGGCCGCUGCUAGAGGAGAAGGGAGACCAGGGAGCUGUCAGCUCAGCCAGCGUAAGGCACAAUCCAACGGAGUGCCCCCAGGCAUGGCAGCUGCUGGGAUCUGCAAACCAAACCCAUUCGGCCAAGGAGCAGCCAUGCACAGCGCCGCAGGAGGAGGAGGAGGAGGAGGAGGAGGUGGUUCGUGUGCUGACUCUACCUCUGCAGGCUCAUCACGCUAUGGAAAAGAUGGAGGAAUUUGUGUACAAGGUGUGGGAAGGGCGCUGGAGGGUGAUUCCCUAUGAUGUGCUCCCGGACUGGCUGAAGGAUAACGAUUACCUCCUGCAUGGACACAGACCCCCUAUGCCGUCCUUCAGAGCCUGCUUCAAGAGCAUCUUCCGAAUACACACCGAGACGGGCAACAUCUGGACUCACUUACUAGGUUUUGUGUUGUUCCUCUUCUUGGGGAUUCUGACCAUGCUCAGGCCCAACAUGUACUUCAUGGCCCCUCUUCAGGAGAAGGUGGUGUUUGGGAUGUUCUUCCUUGGAGCAGUGCUAUGCCUCAGCUUUUCCUGGCUUUUCCACACCGUCUACUGUCACUCGGAGAAGGUCUCCCGGACGUUUUCAAAAUUGGAUUACUCAGGAAUAGCACUGCUGAUUAUGGGGAGCUUUGUCCCCUGGCUCUAUUACUCAUUCUACUGCUCACCGCAGCCUCGGCUCAUCUACCUCUCCAUUGUCUGCGUCCUGGGCAUCUCUGCAAUCAUUGUUGCUCAGUGGGACCGGUUUGCAACCCCUAAGCACAGACAGACCAGAGCAGGGGUAUUUUUGGGGUUGGGGCUGAGUGGCGUUGUGCCCACCAUGCACUUCACCAUCGCUGAGGGGUUUGUGAAAGCCACCACCGUGGGCCAGAUGGGCUGGUUCUUCCUGAUGGCAGUGAUGUACAUAACAGGAGCAGGGCUGUAUGCUGCCCGCAUCCCAGAGCGCUUCUUUCCUGGCAAGUUUGACAUCUGGUUCCAGUCGCAUCAGAUCUUCCACGUGCUGGUGGUGGCUGCAGCCUUUGUCCACUUCUAUGGAGUCUCAAACUUGCAAGAAUUUCGCUAUGGACUCGAAGGGGGAUGCACGGACGACUCUCUGCUCUGAGAACAUCUAAUGACUUUAGUACCAGCUUCCUAAGUGCUUUUUUAAACUACUUCUUUGCUAAAAUCAAAGGAAGACUCUCAAUUCUUUGGGUUUUUUGUUUUGUUUUUUUAAGAGGAUGUUCUCCAGCAAAGUCCAUAAUGACCAAAUCCUUGUCCUAUUUCCUAGUGAUUUGCUGGACAUUGCCAAUGGUGGCCAAUAGGAGGAAGCACGUUCAACUAUUAGCCCUUCUUGGGGAGUAAAAACCCUCCACCACCACACAGUGUUCUAAUCACAUUAGGAUUUUCUGUCUAGUGCAGAAAUUCUGUUUCCGAAAGCCAAGGGUGCAGAUUGCCUGCUCCCAGCACAGCAGGGUGGCCCCAUUUUUAGCCCAGUUCUGGAGAGACAGGAAACUCAUGUAUUAGUCCAUGGUCUGGAUCUCCUCCAUAUCUGAAGGAGCAACCCGCCGCCUUCCUGAGGACUGGCCCCAGAGCCUGCAGUGCUAAUGAACAGGGGCUGUUCACAGGUUCAUGUAACUUACCUUUUAACUAUCUUUUUCUUGACACAGUAAUGUAAAUGGAAUAAGAGACUAUUUAAUAUUUAAUACUAAGCUUUAAAGAGAGACUUGGUGCCACUUCAGUGUGUCUGCCCAUGAGCUGUUUGUGGUAACACAGGAGGGUCAGGGCAGUAUUUUAGGGGAAUGUAGAGCUGCUGUAGCUGACUGAAAUAAAAAGGUCAAUAGUUAUUGUCAUG